GAUCCUCAGGUUGGCGGUGCCGUCUUUCUAUUUUUCCUGCUGAACGUGGCCCCUGCGCUGAAACGCUACGCACGCAUGAUGAGGGGUGGUCCGGCUCGAAGGCAACCCCCCCACCAAACCCUCCUCGGAGACCUUCCCGAUGCGCAUCUGGCGUUUCCCGUUUCCUCUCCAGCGAGGAAGAGACGGCGACGGCGCGGGGUCCGACGCUUUCAUGUCGCUCGGAUGACAAACACUUUCCACUCUGUCGCAGGAGAACUCGGCAGAGGCGAGACGGAUGAACCUCCACCCUGAUUGAUACAAACAAACAAAAGACCCAAUAAAUAACCCACUUGGCUACGUCAAGGCUGCGCACCGUCUGCUUGUGGUUCUGGUACCACCUGGCGACUCGGCUCCGAUACUUUGCCGGAAUAUCUUCUUUAGGUUUUUCUUGAUUUUGUUUUUUGUUUUUGGACUUUCCAAUGGGGCCGGUCCAGGCCUGGCUGCUGCUGUGCCUCGUGGCCGGUGGAGGGUGCGUCGCCGGUAAGCUGGAGGAGAAGGACGCCCUGUGCCACCCGCGGGGAUGCUUGGCCGUCUACGUCCAGAGGAGAACUUUCCGGGAGGCCGGGCGCAGCUGUCGGGAGCGCGGCGGGACGCUGGCGACGUUGCACGACCGUGAGGCUGCCGAUGCCGUCCACCGACUGCUGGCGGUCGCGGAGCCGCAAGGCGCCCGGGUGCGCCUGCGCCUGUGGAUCGGUCUGCACCGGGCGCCUCGCCAGUGCUCCGCCGCGCGCCCGUUGCGGGGCUUCGUCUGGGUCACGGGCGACCAGGAAGGUCAGUUCACCAACUGGCUGCGCGAGGAGGCGGCGGGUGCGUGCGCCGCGCCACGAUGCGUGGCCGUGACGGUGAACACGGCGGACGACGCCCGCCACGACACCGACAGCGGCGACAACUUCAAGUGGUUGGACGGCUCCUGCGGUCUGGGGCUGGACGGUUUCGUGUGCCAGUACCCGUCCAAGGGCAUGUGCCCGCCUUUGGAGGACGAGGGGCAGGGGCCGGCCGCCUACUCGACGCCGUUCCAGCUGACCAGCCGGGAGUUGACCCACGUGCCGUAUGGCUCGGUGGCUACUCUCGCGUGUCCGCCCGAGCCGUCGGGGGCAGAACCCCCUGGCGAGCAGACGUCGGUGUGCGGAGAGAGAGAGGACGGGUCGGUGGGCUGGUCCCGGGAGACGCCGCUGUGCGGAGCCAGCGUGCCGCCACCUUCCCAGGACUGGUGUGUCGGAGACCACGGUUGCCAGCAACACUGCCAGAACACGGACUCCGACUACUACUGCUACUGCUCGGAAGGAUACGUUCUUGCUGACGACGGCUACAACUGCGAGCCGGACAACUUUGGUCCCACGGAUCCGCCCGAGCUUCCCUCUUCUUCGGAUGGCGCCGCGAGCACCGAGCCACCCCGCCUCAAAGCGGCGUGCGCGGCCAUGGGCUGCGAGCACGACUGCGCGGAAACGUCACGGGGAGUCCGUUGCACGUGUCCUCCGGGGUACCAAAUGGGCCCGGACGGGCGUCACUGCUCCGACGUGGACGAGUGCCGGCAGGAGCCGUGCCCGCAGGCUUGCGUCAACGUGCCCGGAACCUUCCACUGCGUGUGUCGCGCUGGAUACCGACCCGACGAUGAGGGAGAGUGCGUGGACGUGGACGAGUGCGAGGAUGAGGGGAGCUGCGAGGGCGCCUGCCAGAACACCGAGGGCUCCUUCGCCUGCGACUGUCGCCACGGUUACCAGAAGUCAGGCGACGGCACGUGUCAGGACGUGGACGAGUGCGUGGGGGCGUCGCCCUGCCAGCAGCAGUGUCUCAACUACGACGGCAGCUACCAGUGUUACUGCGACGACGGUUAUGAGCUACAAGCCGACGGGCUGGGUUGCCGGCCGACGCCCGCCGAUCAAGAGUACUCCACUUUGAACCCGAACCCCACCAACUCGGCCCACUUGCCGGACUUGGAUCGCGAAGACCCGCAUGACGCUGGGCCCGACUCGGACGUCCGACGGAUGACAGACGUCCCCGAAACCGGUGAGUCUGACGAGCGCCUGCGGAAGCAGCACCAGACGGAGGGGCCGCCCGUGACAAGUGAGACCGGCAUCCAAGGAGGAAGUCAAGGUGACGGAAACCGAGACCAGGUCAAACACGACAAGAGCUGGUUGCUGGUGGCACUGCUGGUGCCGCUCUGCGUGUUCCUGGUGGUGAUGCUGGCGCUGGGCAUCGUCUACUGCACCAGCUGCGCCGUGGACAAGAACAUGCGCCUGUCGGAAUGCUGCCGCUGGAUCCUCCCGACGCCGAACCUCAACAGCGCCGAGCCCAAAGGACGCUGACGGGGAAAAAAACGUUCCUGCGCGUGACGUUGUCGUGUAACGCCUCCCUCGUGUUUCACAUGAGCGCGAUUCGGAUUCCCACCUAGUUUCCAGGCAGGACACGCCCUGGUCUAAUGUUAGUGGCCCUGCACCACGAUCGGCUGUGGUAGUCGAGUAAAACACGCCUUACUGCUUCCCAGACGGGAAUCGAUCUAAUCCCGAUCUUAACCCCAAACCUAAAUUUAAAACUACCAAAUCGAUUUCAUUCCAAAGUCAGACACGUUUGGGUCGGCCAUCGGGUUCCGUCUGCUUUCCGUGGCGCAGGACCCAAUCAUGUCACGGUGGGGGCGUGUCCUGGCUGCACACUAGGUGGAAAUCCUCAUAACGCAUACCUGACCACCGUCAUCUAUGAUGCGGUCAGACGACAGGUCACGCGACAUUGGUCAUGAUCAUGUGCCGUCGUCCCGCGCGACGUGCCGACAAGACGGUCCCGUGCCGUCGGUCAGGCUCGCGUGUUCCACACCGCAUCGCGCGACGCGGUCACGAGGCCACCGCUGGGCCGACUCCCGUCGGUCGAAGCGCCUUCUGUAAAUAAAUCACUUCCGUUGACCCUUUUGAAAAACAAUAAA